AUGAGCCUCCGAGGUGCCCUGGGCAGAGGUGGUGAACUCCAUGUGGGCAGUAGAGCACCAAGGCCCGUGAGUUGGCAAGACCGCUGUCGGAAGACAGGCAUUGGUUUCUCGCACUUGGUGGUUUGCUGUGAUGUGUCCUUCUGGUUCUUUGACCACGAAUGUCAGGAGUGCCGGAAAAAUAACCUCAAAAAAGCCCGUGAAGUGCCCGUGUACCCUGCUCCCCAAGCACCCGAGCGUCAGUGCUGCGGGGACUUGGAGGCCCCAGUUCUCCGGGGCCUGGGCGCUCAGCGGGCAGCCUGUGAGGCAGCACCUGGCCUGGACUUGGGGGACGGGGCGGAAGUCGCAUGGCUGGCGGGACCGUCCUGGAUCCUGACACAGCCCUGGGGCACGGCCAGCUCCCAGCUCCCGGCCACAGAGUGGGCCCUUGUCUCUGCCUGUGAGUGGGUCAGAGAGGCAAGCACUCCUGCAGCUGCCCCGCAGCCAGCUCUGCGGGGCCCGCUGCUCAGACACUUCCGGUUCCUGUCGCAGCCCCUGGACCCCACUGCGCUGCGGGGAGCAGACUCACUGCCAUCACUGGGUGGGGGCUUGGCCAGCCCACCUUUGUGCGAAUCAGAACGGGACCCCCAGCAGGGGGUCAGCGGAUUGCAGACCGUGUGUGCCCCCAAUGCACCCACACCUGAGGCCCCGCCCUUUGAGCCUCCUCAGGUGACCCCACCCCAGAAAGGCCGCCCAGGCCACGCCCUGUCACCCCUGCAGGAACCCCGGGCCUCAGAGCAUGGGGCCCCGCGUGUCCCCGCACGGACCGUGCUCUUCCAGGGCGAGAGGGCCGGCUUGACGUACCGCGUGCCCUCACUGCUGCCCGUGCCCCCCGGGCCCACCCUGCUGGCCUUCGCGGAGCAGCGGCUGAGCCCCGACGACGCCCACGCCCACCGCCUGGUGCAGAGGACUGGCACGCUGGCUGGGGGCUCCAUGCGGCCGGGACGCGGGGCGCGGGGGGGUGGCGCACGGGACCUCACGGCGGAAGUGGUGGGCGGCGCCGAGCAGGACUGGGCCACGUUUGCCGUCAGCUCCAGCCAUGGCGUCCGGCUGUGCUCAGGCCGCCUGCUGGUGCCGGCCUACACGUACCGCGUGGACCGGCGAGAGUGCUUCGGUGAGAUCUGCGGGACCGGCCGGCACUCCUACCGCACCUGGCACCAUGGGGGCCUCGUGCCCAACCUGCGCUCGGGCGAGGGCCAGUUGGCGGUGGUGGACAGGGGUCAGGCCGCUGGCAUCCUCUACUGCAGUGCCUGGAGCCCUCUGGGCAGCCACGUGCAGGUGCUCAGUGUAGACGAGGGCACCUCCUUCCUGCCUGGAGAGCUGGUACUCGCCUUGGCCGGGGCCGCCGGGGGCUGCCAGGGCAGCAUUGUGGGCUUUCCGGCCCCGCCCUCCAGCAGGCCGGAGGAUGAGGGGUGCUCCAUGGGCCCCAGGAACCCCCAGAGGAAGAAGGGCGCUGGAGACACCCGAGGGGGCGGGGGGCUGGGUGGGACCGAGGGAUGUGGGGAUGGCUCUGGUGAGCCUGGCCCAGGGCCUGGGCUUGGGGGGAACAGGGGGGCCCGGACCCGAGCUCCUGGUCGCACCUCGGCCUUGUCUCAGAGCCCCACGUGACUGCUGUAUUCCCACCUGGUGGGGCGAAGGGCACAGCUGCACAUGGGCAUCAUCCUGAGCCGGUUGCCCCUGGACCCCCACAGCUGCCCGGAGCCCUGGGUGAUCCACAAGGGCCCCAGUGGCUACUCUGACCUGGCGUCCAUCAGGCCCACCCCCGAGAGAGCCCUGACCUUCGCCUGUCUGUAUGAGAGUGGGACUGGGGUCUCCUACAAGGAGAUCUCUUUCUGCAUGUUCUCCCUGCAGGAAGUCCUGGGGAACGUUGGGGCGGGCACCGGGCAUCCCAGCCUUGGGGACGAGCCUCUGGGGCGCUGCCGGCCUUCCUGA